GUAAGCCGAGACAACAACAACAAAAAAAGGCAACGUUCAUCUAUCUAGGCUAUGAAGAUUACAAAACCACAUGCCGCCAUGUUCGCUAGCCCCGGAAUGGGCCACAUCAUCCCGGUGAUCGAGCUCGGAAAACGCUUAGCUGGAUCUCACGGCUUCCACGUCACCAUUUUCGUCCUUGAAACCGACGCAGCCUCCGCUCAAUCUCAAUUCCUAAACUCACCAGGCUGCGACGCGGCCCUUGUUGAUGUUGUUGGCCUCCCAACUCCGGAUAUCACCGGUUUAGUCGACCCAUCAGCCUUUUUUGGGAUCAAGCUCUUGGUCAUGAUGCGUGAGACCAUUCCUACCCUUCGAUCAAAGAUAGCUGAGAUGCAACACAAACCAACGGCUCUGAUCGUAGACUUGUUUGGUUUGGACGCGAUACCGCUCGGUGCUGAGUUCAACAUGUUGACUUAUAUCUUCAUCGCUUCAAACGCACGUUUUCUCGCGGUGGCUUUGUAUUUCCCAACGUUGGACAAAGACAUGGAAGAAGAGCACGUAAUCAAGAAGCAACCUAUGGUUAUGCCUGGAUGUGAACCGGUUCGGUUUGAGGAUACACUUGAAACAUUCCUUGACCCGAACAGCCAGCUGUACCAGGAAUUUGUUCCUUUCGGUUCGGUUUUCCCAACGGCUGAUGGUAUUAUUGUGAAUACUUGGGAUGAUAUGGAGCCCAAAACUUUGAAAUCUCUUCAAAACCCAAAGCUCUUGGGUCGGAUUGCUGGUGUACCGGUUUAUCCAAUUGGUCCUUUGUCCAGACCGGUUGAUCCAUCUAAAACUAAUCAUCCGGUUUUGGAUUGGUUAAACAAACAACCGGACGAGUCGGUUCUUUACAUUUCAUUUGGAAGCGGCGGUUCUCUCUCGGCUAAACAGUUAACCGAAUUGGCUUGGGGUCUUGAGAUGAGUCAGCAACGGUUCGUUUGGGUGGUCCGACCGCCAGUUGACGGUUCGGCUUGCAGUGCAUAUUUCUCCGCUAACAGUGGUGAAAUAAGAGACGGUACACCGGAUUAUCUACCAGAAGGUGAUGAGAUGAGAAAAAAGAUAAAGAAGCUGAAAGACACGGCGGCGGAGUCGCUGAGUUGCGACGGUGGAGAAGCGCAUGAAUCGUUGUCAAGAAUCGCCGACGAGAGCAAGCAUCUUUUGGAGCGUGUCAGGUGCAUGGCACGUGGUGCCUAGGAACGCUUACCGUUAAAAGUAUUUUACUUAUAAACUGCGUGUCGUUUUACCUUCUUUGGUAUCUUGUAGUUCAGUUUCCGAGUCUUGCUUGCCACAUGCUAUCACGUGUUUUUUUUUUGUUUGGGUCAACGCUAGUCGUUAUCACUAAUGUAUUAUAUUCAUUGUACAAAUAAUAAUCAGUGUUUAAUUUGUAUAAUAAGUAGAUCCUUUUUUA